AUGAGUUUGAACGCUGUAGCGAAGGCUUCUCUCUCGCCCGAGAAGCUCGUCAUAUUCUGCGAUGGCACCUGGUGUGGCCCAGAACAUGGCACGCGUACUAACAUCCAGCUACUAGCCGAGAUGGCUGGCAUCGACAUGAGCACGACUAAAGGUUCACGAGAACUGACAGAUGCUUCGCGGCGACUCAGAGCCAAAUAUUUCAACGGCAUAACUUGCAACUACUUGACCUAUGGCCUCGGCGCAUCAGCAGACAACCUAGGACAACUCUGUCUCGAGGCUUAUCGUUAUAUUGCGCGAUGGUACUCAGAAGGCACAGAGAUAUGGCUUUUCGGUUUAGGUCGAGGAGCUUACGCCCUGCGUUGCGUGGUCGGUAUGAUCAACAACUGUGGCAUCAUCAAGAACCCCAGUGACGACUUAUGCGAGCUUGUCUAUCAGACUUAUACAUCAGCUCGUGAAAACGACAGACCUUCCUCGAACGAUAGUGAGGCUUUUCGCAGAAGGGCCAGCUGGGAUGUGAUCACGCCCAUCAAGAUCAUGGUACUGCUAGAUACCAUCGGCAGCACCGGCCAUAAUUGCACCAACAGUUCAACUGGAUUCACAUCUCCAAGACUUCGCGAUGAAGUUGUUCCUGAUGUCGUCGAGAGCGUCUUCCAUGCUUGUUCUAUACACGACCGUCUGCCGGUCCUUCAGCCAUGUCUUGCAACAAAAUCAGACCACAACAAGAUGCCUCUCAUCUACGAAACUUGGUUUCCCGGUUGCCACUAUGACAUUGGACGACAACGCUGUCAGUUCUUUCCUAGAGGCUGGCUUUACCUUGUUCCGAGUCUGUUCAGUGGCGCAGUCGAACCAAACCAUGUGCUCAGUAACUCGGUCUUGUGCUGGAUUCUUCAAUCUGUCGCUCAACAGUUUCCGUCCCAGACAGUCUUCCAGGACUUGCAUUGGCAAAUCAAUUUCUUGAAAAAAUCCAUGCAGUCUGCCAACACUAGUACUGGUUCCGGAGAUGUAUAUGGGCCUUCCAAAACACUGAACAUUGCCCCCUUCGGUCGUAUACUCACUCGACUUCCCUUAGUACCUACGUUGCUCACACGUAUCACCACUUUACUCCCGCUUCGAGAUAGGAGGAUACCGGACCAUGCAGCUCAAGUCAUCGACUUUGAAUCGCCAAGCCAUCCUGACAACGAANAAAGUUUGGCGGAGAUGGCAAGAGUGGACAAACAUAGAUAUCCUUCCAAAACUUAUGAAGUCUGGAAGACGUGGACGAAGCAGAUUGCGGCCAAAGACAGAAAAACUAUACCCUGGGCCGAUGAUGCGGUCAUGCAUUCCGAUCACGAUACAAUACCUCUGCAGCUCGAACCUACGCGACCCGAAAACUCCUCUGCGGCGUUCAUAAAUCCCAUGAAUACUUACGAGGAUCAAAUCGAUACUGCAAGACCUCCGAGCCGACGCGACUCUGCCAACCCACAACUACGACAUCAGCGCUCCUCAUCUCUACCCCAAAACACCGUUCUCACAGCUUCAGACGACGCCCUGAUGAGAGCAGUGGUCAACUCCGACAUUGGGCUAGUACAAGAUCUUCUGACACAAAAGGCUUCCGAGCUAGCCUUUGACUUUGAAUGGUUGAGCGAAUUGAUCGAACUGGGCUAUAGUGUCGAAGAUGUUGCGGCUGUGCUUGUCGAAGAAGAAAGGGAAUCACCAUGGCUCCUUGUGUCGGGUGGAAAUUUCACUAAGAGGGCUUUGAAGAUGUCGAAAAGUUGGAGCGCAAGAGAGCACAUAGUCCUGCUUGAACUGCGCUUGGCUGAUGCCUUCUGUCUAGUAGUGACCCAGGAACUUCACCAUGAUUCAAUGCAGAAUCUUGUUUGCCAAUUUAAUGUACAUAAAGUGGAAGAUAUGGAUACACCAGUCCCUAUAGUAUAA